UAAGAGACUAUGACUAGUGGGGUUUUACAUAUUUCGCAUUUCCAACAUACUUUUAUAUUGUAGUAUUUGGAAGAAACUAUGGGAAGAAGGGAAUCAACAAAUUCAUCAAACAUUAUGUUUUCUGUGUUGUUCUUUCUAUUCAUUGGUGUACAACAAGCUGCAUGUUCUUCUUCAUGUGGAGACAUCAAAGAUAUACGACCCCCGUUCUGGCUAAAGGCCAAUCCAUCGGACGUCGGUGAUCCUGACUUCAAACUUACUUGCGAGAGCAACAAAACCAUCCUACACUACCGUUCUGGAAAAUACUAUGUGAAUGAAAUUUUUUAUGAUGAUCAGACAGUUAAUGUUGUUGAUGUUGAAUUCGCCAAUCGAAACUGUGGCGCCCUUCCAUCUCAACCUCUUUCAAUCACUGAAAUUUCCGACCUUUAUAUUGAAAUUUCCGACCUUUUUCACAACAAAAAAAGACUUCGAUUAACAGUAGCAUCUCUUUCGUAUAGAAGAGAACCAAAUAAGUACUACAGAGUAGCCCAGUUUCUGAAUUGCCCUUGGAAUUUCAGUCAUCCCUCGUACAUAAAAGUUCCUUGUUUGAGUGGAAACCAGUCUCAUGUUUAUGUCUUCUUUAAUGGUAGCUUAGAAGCAAUCAAUCGUCACCCUUCAUGCUCCUUCAUUUCACGUAUUCCUAUGCGUCUUCCUCUUCAGACAAAUCCUGACUAUGAAAACAUCCAGAAAUUUCUUCAGUUAGGGUUUGAUCUUCUGUGGGUAGAACCGGAUUGUUUUCCACAUAAUGAAAUAUUCCACCAAUUUCGGUUUAUCGGAUCUGUAGUUGAACUCUAUUGCUCUAAAAAGAGUUUUGCUGACUAUCGGUUCUUUUUACUGGUUUUCGUGUUUCAACCCUUAUUCGCAGUAGUUAACUUACCUGGCAUUGUUCGUCCCGAUUCGGUUAUUAUGUGGCUCUAUAGCGAAAUUGAUGCACUCCUUGGAAGCUUUCUGUUGGGUUCUCUUAUCGUCAGAUUAAUCCUUGCUCCGGUGGUUUUACUUGUGUAUAUUUUCAUCAAGUAUAAAAAAACACGGAAAACGGUGGAUACCGUAGAAAAAUUUCUUCACAAUCAACAAUCCUGGAUGCCUAAAAGGCAUUCCUAUUGUGAGAUAACUGCAAUGACAAACGGUUUCAGCUAUGAAUUAGGCCAAGGUGGUUUCGGAUCGGUUUACAGGGGGCAGCUUCAUAAUGGUUGUUUCAUUGCUGUUAAGGUGCUAAAGAAAUCCAAAUUUAGUGCAGAAGAAUUCAUCAAUGAAGUCUCUACAAUCGGUAGAAUUCACCAUGUCAAUAUUGUGCAAUUAUUGGGAUUUUGUUCAGAAGGACCAAAUCGUGCUCUUGUGUACGAGUAUAUGCCUAAUGGAUCUCUUGAUAAGCACAUUUUCUCAAAAGGAGGUAAAGGAAAGUCAUUUACUUGGAAGAAACUCCAUGAAAUAGCUAUAGCAACAACUGGAGCGAUUGAAUAUCUACAUGGAGGAUGUGAUGUUUGUAUUCUUCAUUUCGAUAUUAAGCCUCAUAAUAUCUUGCUUGACCACAAUUUCAUUCCAAAAGUUUCUGAUUUUGGCCUUGCAAAAUUUCAUCCAAAGGAAAAUGAUUUUGUGUCCAUUAGCGUUACAAGAGGAACAAUAGGAUAUAUAGCUCCUGAGUUAAUUUCAAGAAAUUUUGGGGUUAUUUCUUGUAAGUCAGAUGUUUAUAGUUUUGGAAUGUUAUUGUUAGAAAUGGUUGGAGGGAGAAAGAAUUCUUUUUCAAUGGAAACUCGUUCAAGCAAAGCAUACUUCCCAUCUUGGGUAUAUGACCAACUAAAGAAGGGAGGAGAUUUAGAGCUCGAAGAUCUGGCUGAAAAUGAAAUUGGGAUUGCAAGAAAAUUGUGCAUAAUUGGGUUGUGGUGCAUACAAGUGAAUGCAGCAAAUCGUCCAUCAAUUACCAAAGUAAGAGAAAUGUUAGAAGGAAGCAUUGAUGAUCUACAGAUGCCUCCUAAACCUUUCUUUUCUUCUUCUCAACAUGGCUCUGUAAAGGAUGAGAUUUUAAUUGAAUUAGAUUCAGCAAGUUCAUUGGAGCUAUUGUUGUUAGAAUCAAUGGAAGGAAGCUUGUAUAUUGAUGGCAAUGUUUAGUUUAAUUUCUAAAUGGAAAGUGUAAAUUUGAAAUAAACAUGCACUCACUAGUGGUUUUUAUAUUAAUUUGUUUAAUAUUUGAAAAUUUGUUUUUAUGGUGCAACUAAAAUAUUAAUAAAAUCCUUGAUGUUGUCAUUGUUAUUCCUUGAA